UGCAGGAAGUAGACUAUAUUUAGAAGAUAUUCAGAGGAGCCGAGAUUGCUCAUAAAAUGGGUGUCUCUGCCUUCCAAGAUGAAGUAUAUCUGGAUAUUAUCACUCAAUCUCCCCAGGAUUAUGGAUUUGGGUUAACAUUACACUAACACUACAAUACCUCAUAGUGAUUUCUUUGAAUGAGAAGGCAGUGAUGGUGUAAAUCUUUUUGCUUAGCAGGAGGAUUCACUACAGUAAACAAUGCGCACCAAGGUUGAUAAGAGCCACAAAAAGGUUUCUGAGGAGAAACUCAGGCUCAGCCUACCUUCUCCUAAGGUGGUGCUUAAUGCCAGUGAGUGUGCUCGUCUUCUGGAUGGGAAGGGGAAAACUUCUGUUCUUUUAGUGGAAAAAGAGGGCAGAAUGGUAGCUGCCACUUCCUUGACACCUCCACCAUCAGUGUCAUCUACAGUUUCUUCUUUACCCAUAGGCAGUGAAGCAAAUCUUAAGGUCAUUGAUAGUGUGACUAGUCUGAGUUCUACUGACAGUCUAAAAAAAAGCAUGGAGCCAGAAACUGUAGCUGGCUCUAAAUCUGAAGAUUCCAAUAACAGUGCGCUUAAAGAAGAGGUGCCAGCUAAUGCUAACAAAGUUAUUCUUAAACCACCAAAAAAGCGAAGAGGCCUGGAUAAAAAAUUUGAAUCCUCAAGUCAGCCACUAGGAAUUUUAAAUAAUGGGGAUAUUCCACAUGAGACUUCACCGUUGAGAGAAUCUGUUGAUGUAAUUAGUUCUGCUGUGCUUCGUGCCACUGAUGCACAGUCCAAACAGGAGCUACCUCAAAAGGUAGACUUUUCUCAAAAACACAGUGUGGAGAACUUGCUGCAGCAUCAACCAUCUUCUUCUUUGAGCUGUACCAAUAGCUUGCUGCUAACUAAUUAUUCACACCAUGCCCUUUUUGAUACAAGGACUCAUCAUCUCUCACAGACAGCCCACCCUGUCCCAUUAACAGUCAACAUUACGUCACCAUCAUCGUCAUUGUCUAUAUCACAGCCUGACAGCUACCAAAGUAUUGCCCCAUAUCAUUUAGCGUUAGCUCCACCACCAUCCCAGUUGUACAGUCAUUCACCUUUCACUUCUAGUGCUCAUGGUCCAAACCACUUGACAUUGCCCUACUGUGUAGCCAGCAGCCACACCUCACAGACUGUUGUAUUUAAUGCUAACCUGAAUGCACAAACCUCUCAGGCUAUUACAUUUCUAAAUAAGCAAGUGUCUCCCAAUGAACAUUCUCCUUCUGUGUGUAUGUCUUUACUGGCCACUGCUGCCACCAAUAGCUUAACACUCUCUCCGAAUUUCCAACAUCUACCUGAACAAGAAGAACCUAUGAACCUCUCAAAAUCAUGCAAGCCUGCAGUGGGUGCCAUCACGCUACAGUCUCAAAACAGCGUCAGUUGUAAUGAUAGCAGGACUGCAGAGGAUGUCUCUGUAAACAUUGUUUCCCAGCAUUCCCCAGCACAAGGAGAGACAGAGCCAAAAGAAUUAAACACUGAACAAUGUAACCAAGAUGCUCCUCUAGUAAAGAAAGCAGAUUUGAAGAAACAAAAGAAAAAAAAUUCAAAGGCUCAGAAAACAGGUAUUAUAGAAUUGCAAGACUCGACACAGGAAACACAUAGUCCCUUACACAAUGGCAUUGAUGAUGUGAAUUCCAAAGCUUUGAAAUCACAUGAUGCAAUAGAAAUUAAUUCCCUUUGUUCCAGUAAUACUGUUAUUGCAAGUAAAAUAGUUUUUCCAGAUCCCAAAGUUUCUACUGAUCUCAGUUCUAAAGUGCUUAGUCCCUUGAGUGAGGAAAAAGAACCAAUGAAAACGGUGAGUGAUUUGAAUGAGACACCAGGUUUAUCAUCAGUCUCUGAUGGAAAUGCUGUUAAUGCUCAUUCACCGAAAUCUUCAAAGACAGAAUUAGACCAGUCCCAAGACACCCUGGAAGAACCAACCAACACAGCCACAAUGUCUCUUACAGAUGACUUGCUGGCAUCCAAUGAAUCUAUUUCUCAGACCACAGAUCAGUCUCUUACCAAUGAAACAGACCCCACAAAAAAAUCAAAGCGACUUCCAAAGAAGAAAGCUGAAAUUCCCAUGGAUGAAGAGUCAAGUGCUCAUCGUAGGGCAUUGUAUUCUGAGACUAUUGACUAUGUCAUUGCUAAUUUUGUAUAUAUUCCUGAACCAGUUGAAGACUUAGUUCUAACAGAAGAAGAAGAGGCAGCUAUUAAAGAUCAGUUUGAAAUUCAGAGUGAAACUAGCAUCAAGGCUGUUGUAACGAUUCCAGAAAAGAAAGAGGAGGACUCUUCUGUUACUUUGCUUUGUAAUCAGGCACACGGUCAAACUCAGACUGAUCUCUCAGAUUCUGAUAGCGAGCCAAUGCCAAGGCUUAUUACACCUCCUAAGAAGCGACCGAUUGGCAUGGCAGCUAAAAGCGUGGCACCACGUCCCAGGCAGGAGGGUAAAACUAAUGCUGAUCGAAUAGACAGCAUCCUGGCUUUUGUUGUGGCUGAUGUUCUUAAUUCAACGCCUCCUAUUGAAAGUGGCCUUGGAGAUGAGUUACUUCGACAACAAAAGAAAAUUCAGGAAGCACAGAGUAUCAUUCAAAAUUCAGAACUUGUGCAAAACAACAAUAAUAAAAUUGGGGAUAACAUGCUUAUUCAAGAAAAUAAAGGAGUAGACAGUCACAAUCUUGAUAUUUUAGUUUCCAAAAUAAACAAAAACAAUGAUGACAUCUUGCUCAAUGUUGACAAAGUAAAUUCUGACAUAAAGAAAGUAGCUAGAGUAAAAAAGAUCAGAAAAAAAGUGAAUGUGCCUGAGAAAUCUUCACCCCCUGCAAAAGAGAGUCUUAUUGAUUCAGAGGACAUAGUUAAAAAAGAUAGUGACACAGUAGUUAAAAAGAAAAUUUUGCAAGGUACAUCUGAUGCUGUUAAGGAGGGUGAUGACAAUCAUAUUUACCACCCAUCCACAGCUUACAGUGUUGAUGCCAUGCAAGUUUCUGAUAAAGAUAUCCUCAUCACCAGAGUAGAAACAUCAGAUAUAGGUGAAAGCAUUGCCUCAACAUCUGGUGGCUCUGAGCAGGAUACGCCCGUCCAUGAGCCAGAGAUUAAAUAUGAAAUGACGUCUGCAGAACCCAACUCUGCGGAGAAGGAGAAUCAGGAUACUGGGCUUGAGAGUGGUGGGGAUGACAACAAGCCUGUAAAGAAAUACAAGAAGAGGCUGGACUUUGUCAAGUGUGCCUACUGCGAACAUCAGGCUAGGGGCAGGUCAGCCCUCAGUCGUCACAUGAAGAAGGUGCACAUGCUGGAUGUCAACAUGCCUUACAAGUGUUACAAAUGUGACUAUGGGUGCACAAAAAUGGCCUCACUAAACAGGCAUCUCUUCACCCAUGGUGUGUUCCCUUGUUCCCGCUGCAGCUUUGUGGCUGAUGAGAGGAUUAAACUAGGUCAGCAUGUUAUGGACCAGCAUAAGGACAAGCUGGACAUGAAGCUAUGUAAAGUGUGUAACAGGUAUGUCAAAUGUGACCAAGUCAGCAUAGAGUCACACACGGAGACAUGUGAAGGUCCAACACCAUAUAAAUGCUCUGAGUGUGAGAAGGAAUUUAAAUAUGCAUCAUCACUUCGGGUCCAUUACCACACUCACUUCCCAGACGAGCCCAAGAAGUUUAAAUGUGAUCUGUGUGAGUACAGAACAAAUUACAAGGCGAACCUACAUAAACACCACAAGAACAUGCAUGCUUCCAAGGAUCGGGAUAUUCAGUGUCCAGACUGCGGGAAGCUCUUUUCUACAGAAGACAAUAUGAGAAGGCACAGAAAGGUAAAGGUUCACACUUUGGCACGACCCUUUGCUUGUGAAAUUUGUAAGAAAACUUUUAAAACUACUGGAGCAUUGAAAGGACAUCAUUUAAUCCACACAGCCACAAGGCCUUAUUCGUGCAAUAUUCCAGGGUGUAACAGAAACUUCCGAACACCAAAGUUCCUCAAGAGCCAUCAAGAAGAAUUCCAUAGGCUGGUGCCCAAAAAGUUCUUUUGCACAGUGGAUGGUUGUAACUAUUCAUUCUUUAAACGCAGUCACCUCAAACGUCAUGCAAUUACACAUACUGGUGAACGCAACUUCCACUGUACUUGGCCUGGAUGCAGUAAAUCGUUUCGACAUGCAGACAACCUUAAAGUUCAUUUCCGCUCACACACAAAUGAAAAACCGGUGCAAUGCCAUCUCUGUGACUUCAAGUGCAAGCAAAAGAACUCAUUGUUCUGGCACAAGAAGAAAGUGCACCAUAUUAUUGAUACCUCAGUGUGCCCCAAGCGAAGUGAGGUGAAGUCAAAAGUGAAGGAAGAAAGUGAAAACCAGAUAGAGAAUCCCAUCAUGAUCACGGGAGAAGGAGAGAAGGACGUAUCACCAGUUCAGACUCCUGCUCAGGAAGCAGAUGAUGUCAGUGUCAAAGAGAGUUCUAGCACCUCUGUGUUAGACACAAGUGUAUCAUUAAACAGCAGUGGGGAGUCUAGCAUUCAUACAGACAGCACAGAGAAAAAUGAAAAGAGUAUGGAGGCUAAGGAGGAAUCAAUGGGGGAAAGUCUUCCUGAACGUAUUGAAGAACAGUCACCUAAGCCCCUUAUGAAAGAACAGAGCAUCUCAACACAAACUCCAAUCUCAAGGGAUCCAAAAGACCUGUAUGAAUUUAAUUCGGAUAAUGAAUCAGAGGAGGAGACGCCUGGAAAUUUCAGAAGAGACAAGAUUGCAAGGGCUAUUCUCCCUCCUCUCCCCCCUCCACCUAAAGAGUUGUUAAGGAAGAAUGAAUUGCUAGAGAAGAAGGAGAAAGAGAAGAAAGAAAAGGCUGAAAAACGGGAACAGGAGAAAAAAGAAAAGGCAGAAAAGAAGGAACAAGAGAAAAAAGAAAGAAUUGAAAAGAAAGAGCAAGAGAAAAAAGAUAAGGCAGAGAAAAAAUUGCUAGAGAAGAAGGAAAAGGAAGAGAAAAAAUUUCUGGAGAAGAAGGAAAAGGAAGAGAAGAAAGAACAAGAAAGGAAGGAAAAAGAAGAGAAGAAAGAACAAGAAAGAAAGGAAAAGGAAGAAAAGAAGGAGCAGGAACGGAAGGAAAAGGAAGAAAAGAAAGAACAAGAAAGGAAGGAAAAGGAGCAAGAAAAGAAAGACAAGACUGAGAAAAAAAUAUUGGAAAAGAAAGUAGAUAAAAAGAAAAAUGCUAAGAAACUUUCAAGUGAAUGGAAGAGAAGUUCAAUGGAAUCCAGGAAAAGUUCAGUUGAUUCUAAAAGGAGUUCAGUAGAAAUAACUGCUGAAGAAAAAGUAGAAAGCCCUGUAGAUCACAAGCCUAAAUUCCCAAAAGCAAUGAAGAGAAAGAGAUCUUUGUCAGCUGCUCACAGAGUAGUGAGUACAGUUAAUGAGGAGCCAGAACAGACAAGGCCUAGUAGGAAAAAGAAAGGUCAACCUCAGAAUGGUGAGCCAUCACCAAACAAAGACGAGCAAACACCUUCCCCAGCUAAAAGGAAGAAGAUGUUGAAUAAAAAAAUAGAAAUUCAGGAAGAAACGCCUCCCAAAACCUCUCCUAGAGCUGUCACUAGAAGAGUUUUAGCACCGAAAGCACCCAUUGUGAGCAAAGGAAAGAAAAGGGGAAAAUUAGCUCCUCCUAAAAGAAAGCCAAGUGCAAGGCUUUUAGCCAAGCAAAAAGCAACUGCUAAAGUAAAUAAAGUAGUUAAAGCAAGCAAAGCACCAAAAAUAGUUCCAAAGAAAAGAGUUUUAAGGAAAAGAUCAGCUGCAAAAGUUGUAGAAGCAGAUGAAGAAGAAGAAGAAGAGGAGGAUGAAGUAGAAGCUAUGAGAUGCCCAGAUAAAGAAGUUGUUGAAUGCAAACCGGAAGAGAAGAAAUUCUCACCGCGUCGAAAGUCUGAAGAAGUGAAGAAAACUGAAGCCAAGUCUAAAGAGGAGAUUGAAGAACAGCUUCCACUGGCCACCAUUAGGCCCCACUCUCCAGCGUACUCUGAGGAGAUGAUGCUCCAAGGGAAGGCUAGUCCUUACAGAGACUUUUCUGAUGCUGAUACUGUUGAGGGAGAUAAUGAUCCUGAUGGGGAUGAUGAUGACAAAGUGCUAGAAAAGAUUACAAAACCUAAUAGCCCUGUGGAAGAAAUAACACCAGACCUGCAGGAUGCUGAUGAUAACAAAGAGAAAGAAGCUCUGUCAGAACCUGACAAAGAGGAUGAGGAAGAAUCUAAAUCUGUUCCUCCACCUGAAGAUGAAUCUUCAGAUGAUGAAGUGAGCAAUGACAUACCUCUCACACCACCCAGAGCACCUGCACCGCCUCCUAUGGAAAGCUCUGAAGAUGAAAUGGAACCAGAACCUUUGGUGCCCCCAUUUUCUGUGCCAGGACCCAAUACCCCAUUUUCAGUUCCUGGCCCUAAUACUCCCUUCUCAGUUCCACCACCAACCAAUCUCAUUCAGCAGCACUCUGUCCAUUCAGAAGAAGCUCCUAUGUCUGUUGUACAGUCUGUUCCGUCAAUGGAAAUCCAUUCACAAGGCUCAGUGGAAAUGCAGCAACCCCUUGGCUCAGUGGAAAUAAAUCAUCCUCUUUCUGUAGAAAUGAGCCAUCCCCAUGGCUCUGUGGAAAUGCAUCAUUCCCAUGGCUCAGUAGACAUGCACCACCCUCAUGGUUCUGUUGAAAUGCACCACCCUCAUGGUUCUGUUGAAAUGCACCACCCUCAUGGCUCUGUUGAAAUGCACCACCCUCAUGGCUCAGUUGAAAUGCACCACCCUCAUGGCUCAGUUGAAAUGCAUCACCCUCAUGGCUCAGUUGAAAUUCAUCAUCCUCAUGGCUCAGUUGAAAUGCACUCCCGUAGUGCAUCAAAUGAUAUGCCAGCUCACAAUGCUGGUGAAAUGAGGACUACCGGGUCGUCAGAAAUGGUACAACCCCAUGUUGAAAUGCACAGCUCACUGUCCCAUACGGAGCACUUAGCAUCUGUAAGAACACCUGAUACUAUAGGAAGAGAGGUCAAGUAUGAUCUACCACCUCUACAAGAUCAGAAUCACACCACUGAUGCUGAUAAGGAGUUUUUCGAUCAGUAUCUUAAAAACUUGAGUGCCGCAAACAACAGAGCAGCUAAUGGGGGACUAGAACCUUUGUCAAGCGGACUGAGAGAGCUGGAAGCUAUGGUUGGAAAGUCACAUCAGGAUCUACGGGAAAUGGGCAGUAAGUCUCCCAUCAGCUCUCUCCCUAGUAGUGUCAUCACAAGCCUUGAAAGUGCAUUGCCAUUACUUGCACCUGGAGACCUUCGUGCAAGAAUGGAUGUUUUUGAUAGACACCAUGAGUCCUUGUAUGUGAGGGACACACCGUCAUCACUACCCAGGCUCUCUGAUCAUCAGUCUGCCACACCAUUACCUCCAAACCCAGCAUUUGAUGCAUUCUCAUCUUUAAACUCGCUUCAUCCUGCUGCCUCAGUGGGCAGUAGCAGAGAGGGCAGUUAUCUAAGACAGCCAGACAAUCUUUUCCCGACACCUCCUGUCCCUAGUAAUUUUAUGGCUGAAGCCAUGUUUCAGCAUCAGGCUAUGUCUGGGCCUUUUCUUCCCCCUCAGCCAUCAGACAGGAGCAGCUUAUCUCGUAUUCCUGAUACUUCUCAACUGCAGUCAAACUCUUCCUCCUUGUUGCGCAGGUCUAGUACCAUGCCAGGAACUGAUAUGUAUUCAUCUCCCUCUAUGCCCCAGACCAUGCCAAGAAAUCCAUUUGCUAAUGCUUGGGCUACUCAGGAUGCCAGGCCUACACACUGGCAAACUCCUUACAUGUCAAGGCAAGCAAAUAUGACAACCCCUAGCUCAUUUUUCCCUUCCAAAGGUAACUAUCUGACCGGUAGAGAAUUUAUGUUUGAUCCCUCUGUCCGCCAGUCUGCGGAAAGGGCCAUGUUCCCGUCCUUGUCUACCAGCCAAACUCAAGAUACCUUCCAGCUAGAAAGAUUUGAUUUAAGCAACUAUUUUCCAAAUGCUAUGACACCAUAUGCUAGUUCAACAGGCACUUUGGACUACACCAGGACUGCACACACUGCCGCAGCAAAACCAUUUGAUGAGCGCUACAGACAAUCAACCGCCGCUUCAGCUGGGAUUCCUGACUUCCGUGGCCUACCCCCGUCCACUGGCUCCUCAGACAUGUUCUCUGGCCUACCCAGCGUGAACAGCGGCUUCAAUUUGUAUGCCAGCAAUCCAAUGUCAUAUCACCACCCUCAGCACAUGACAGACAAUGUAAAUAGUGCGUUCUUGUCCCACUCCACCUCAGCGCAGCAUGCCAUGUUUGAAAGAGACUAUGCGGCUGCUGCACACAGAGGGCUGUAUCCACAAAAUACACCAUAUUCAUUUAUAGACGACCGCCAGUAUGGUGCACCAUCCAAGUUGUCACACACACAUCCUGUUACUCCGUCAACAGUGCCCCAAGACAGAGACUUAAUGAGCAGAUCUAAUGAACCCCAGAUGCAGGAUCCUUAUCGCAGUGUUCUCUACAGAUACUAAAAAAAAAACCACAUUGGAUUGACUCAAUCUAUUUCCUAUGUUGUGUAUAUAAAUGUACAAAUAUUCGUAUUGUAAUAUUUAUCUUGCUCAUGGAAAACUACAGACAAGCAUUUUGCUAUAAUGAAUUGUAUAGCAUGCUAAAUAACAAAAAAUCCCCUCCCCUUUCCAUAAAUGUCCUUGCCCCCAUUCACAAGCCUGUAUUGUAGUGCUAAUGACUUAAUAAUAUAUUUGUUCUUUCAUACACAGCUGUUAUCUCGGUGGAACAUUUGUGAACAUAGUUUAAUAUCCAUUCAAUCUUUUUUAUGCUUGUGAAAAUCUAUGGAGCUUUUUGAGAUGAUACAUUACUAACAUGUAAUUUUAUCCAUUGAAUUCUCCUCAUGUUUAUGGGCAAUUUACAGGGCUUUUUUUUUUAGACAUUAAAUGUCAUUAUAAAGUAGGACAUCGAUACAACAUAGGUAUUUAGUUCUUAAAAAAAUCUAGGAACUGUGUAUCUAUCUUGAUUCAAUGUAGGUACUCAUUUCAUUCAACAUUUAUAUCUAGUUAACAUUACAACUUAGGUAUAUAAGUAUCAGCACCAGUCUGAAGAAUGCUGCUCCCAAGACUUUAAAAAAAAAAGGUGCCCAUGAAAAGUUGAAUGAAAGAAAUUUAAUUUGAUCCCUCUUCAUUUGUUUGUCAUUUGCUUCUUAAAACAAUCAAUCAUCAAGGUCAUCAAGAAUACUAUAAGCUUCAUUAUUUUAUAUUUGUUUCAGAACAAAAUGUAGACAAUGUUUAGCCAAACUUUAAGACUUAACUGGCCUGUUAACCUCUUGGUUUAUUGACCAAAUGGGGACUGACCAGGAUUAGCCAAAGAUCAACACUGUUGCUCCUUUUAGAUCAUGUAAUACCAGCGUCACCAAGCAUGGUGUUGUUUGAUGGGCUGCUAACGGAUAGAAAAAACUUGAUACAUUUUUAGGAGUACAGAGAUACUUAAAAAUUUGUAGUUCAGCUUGUCUGAUUAGGAGCGAAACUCCUGAUAUGGCAGAUGGAUUAUGAUUUUUGAUGUUGCAAAACCCAACAAAAGAGGACUUAUUAAUACAUUGAUUUUGUUCACAGCAUCACAUAGUAUCUGUUGUAUCUCCAUGGAAUGCUGAAAUAGGCAAGAAUGCUUUCAAGUCAUCAUCUUGAUGUGUUACACAACAUUCAUACAUUUUCCUGUUUCCUUAGCAAAUGAAAAGUUAACAAAUCUAUUAGAAGGGAAUUGGCAGCCAAGCUCUUGGUAAUAGAAAUGCUCUAAAGUUGACAUUCUAGGGAGCCAUGGAUUCCCAAUGUUAGUUUUCCUUCAGUUCAUCCAGUGCUAAUGGGUUGGGAAAAGUAUAGUGGUUGGUCAUUUAUACUGACCCACUGAAUACUAUCGGCCACAGAGAAAUUAUGGUCUUAAGAACUUUUAAAAAUUAAAUUGGUUUAGAGUUUUAAAAGCCCUAUCCCCAAACUUUUUUGUUGUUUUUUUUCAAGUUGACUGUCAUUUAGCAAUAAAAAUGUUUCUGGUUAUUUCUUUGUUAUCAAAGAUUUUUUUUUGUUUUGUAAUGUUCAAAUUAUUUUACUUCCUCUUGCUUUAUCUGUGUGAUAUAUGCAAAUUGUGACAAUGUGAACUAUUUAAAAACUAGAAGUGUAUAUAGACAUGAGUUUGACAAAGUUUUUGAUUUGACUAUUUAAUCAUAUUAAACCACUAUUUAGAUUCAAUUAUUUGUGUGCAUUUGGUCACUAUUAUAAUAGCUGAGUAAUGUGCAGACCAACUUGUAGAGAUUGAUGUAUUAUGUAAAACAUAAUGUGAUGGAACAGUUGUUUUUUUAAUCAUUGUGAGCCACCAUUAGUGUAGCUGUUUUGCAACUUACAGAAUCUCUUGUACAGAUAAAAUCACAGUGGUGACAAACACACUUCUAACAAGAGCAUGGUUAAAGUAUUGAUCAGUUUGUGACUUAUACACAUUGAUUCAAAGAGCCACUUUUGUGCUUGGUUGUGAAGGGCUACUCAUCUGAAGGCACUAGUUCUCUUGUGAUUUUUUUUUUUUUUUAACUAAAGACAACCUGUACAUAGACAUCCCAUAUAGAGAUAUAUGUGUGGGACAAUAUCUUUUUUUUUUUUUUUUUUUUCUUAUUUAAAUGAAAAGCAAAUUUAUUGUUUUGUUUGAAACAUUUUUGCUAAUUUUUUUUUUUUUUCCUUGGUUUCCUAUCUGUAAAUCCAACUAAUCAAGAAUAGACUUUCUCUAUUAUCUCUAUUUUCUUUUCUUUACAUACUUUGAUGGCUUCAUUGUAUUAUUUUUGUUAAGGCAGCAUGUUGACAAUUGAACACAAACUCGUAAGGCUAUUUGUAAUUUUUUUUGGGUAGUUUCUUCAAUGUCUUAGUACUGUUGACUUGUAACGCCAAAGUUUUAUUUCAAGUUUUAAGCUUGGGUGCUGUAUCCUUUGUACUCAACAAACAUCAACUUAAGAUCUUUUCCUUUUAGUGUUUUAGUAUACCAGUAUAUUUUUAAAAGGCGCUAACCACAUUUUUUAAUGCUGGCAAGAGUAAGUGAACUAAUUUUUGGUCUUUUACUUACAUUAUUUUAACCACUAUUAUAAAUGUACAAUUUAUUUGACAAUUGAUAAAUCUAUAAUAUUUGAAUAAAAAUUUUUGUUAGUAAUUGUCAACCUUAUGUUUUUUUCUUUCAUGACCAUGUUUAACAGAUUCAAUCUAUUGUUCACAGUCCAUAAUCUAUUACUGGUUUUACAUUUAUGACUUGUAAUGAAGCAUUUUUCUUAGCCUCAUGAUCAAAGUUUUUCAACAAUCUCAUUUUUGGUUUGUUCUAUUUAUUUAUUUAUGUUGCUACAGUCAUUAUAUCUAUGUAAAUAGAUAAUGAAGACAUUUAUUGGAGUGUACAAAAGUUACCAUUUAAUCAAGCUGUCAUUGCCAAAUUGUGUAUGUUUUGACCUUGCUGUAUCUUUACCGCAAAAAUAUCCAUAACCAUGAGUGUGGUUUCUUUUCAGCAUUUUAUUUUUAGAGCCUUUGUCAUUCGCUGUACAUAGCAUGAGACUGUGUGACUGUGUGUACAUAGAUUUGUUGUCGUGUGUAUGAGUAAGGGUGUACAUAGGCUUGUUGUAUACCACUUGAUGUGAACAUCAUUUUUAGCUUAAAGUUUAUACCAGGCUGUGAAGGACAUACUACAAUACCAGUUUUAUCUUUUGUUGUGAUUUUAAACAUUAUUUUUUUUUAUAUUGAUAUUUACACAUUAUAUUUAAAAAAAAUGAAAUCUUGAAUUAGCUAAGAACAAAUGAAAGACUAAAGGUUAUGAUUAAAACAAUUUUCAGAAUUGUAUAUUUUAUUGACUUUCAGAGGUUGAUGGGGUGAAGUUAUUUAUCUUGCCACUGUGUAUUAGCCUUUUUUAAUUCAAAAGGCUUAAGAAAUGGAAAAGAAUUUUAGCAAUAGCUUCCCUUUGGUUAUAUCUGAGAACUAUUUAUGCUCUAUUUUUGGCAGAAAGAUAGCUCUGAAAUCGUCUAGACUAGAUCUUUGAACAUUUUUUUCUUUUUAUAAAGUAUGAAGUCUCUUCCCCCUUAUAAGCAACCCCUCAGAAAAUAUGUUAGUUACAGACAUGUUGGAAAUCUUGGUUACUGUUGUUUGUAAAUUUGACUAUUAGUGAAACAAAAGCAAAGUUAAUGAUGUGCUAUGAUACAAAAAAUAAAAGUAAAACAGUUCAACUUGAAAGUAAACCAGUGCUAGUCUCUUUAUAGGAACACUCUAAACAAAGAUUAGCCAUGAGAUGGGCAGAGUACUUCAUUAAUAACUUAUUUCAGCUGCUGACCUAUUUUUCUUGCUGCUUCAUUUAAAUAAAAAAAAUUGUUUGAUACUGUUUGAUUAUUUCAUAAUUGUAAAUGUUGUAUGAUUAAAACAGUCAUUUGGAUCAUUAGAGCAUAAUAUCCAUGGCUUUUCAGAACAUUCAAGUUAUAUAAAAAAAAAAAAAAGAUCAAACUCAGAUAAAAAAUUUACCAGCAUUGAGCUUACACCACAGUAAAUACAAAUCACCACUCAAUCUUACUUAAUGCUAUACACCACACACACUAUUGUGCACCACACAAUAUAUAAAUGAUUUUGUUUUGUUUGCCAAAAGUUGGAAUGUAAUAUCUUUGAGCUGUUUAACAUUUAUUGAAAAGAUCUCAUUAGAUUUAUGUCUUUAUUGAUCAGGUCAGACAGCCAUCAUGAAUAGUGGAUUGUAUCGGAAACUUGGGUGUUAAUUUGUCCUUAUAUAUAACUGCUUUCCCCCUACCAGAAAUCACCUUUCCAGUAUUUCUUUAGAAUGUAAACUUUAAUAUAAAUAUUGUUGGUGGCAUUUUUAUGUUGCCAUUGUUGGUAGAGUCUAGUUGAGUAGAGAUGUGAUUGAACAAACUGUUUACUUGCAAUGAUAUCUGUCAGUACUUAUAUACAACUCACCAACAGAGCCAAUAGUAUAGAAUAAGAUAGUUUGGCCUUUUAAACACUAAACUGAAUUACAUUAAGAAGGGCACAGUCCACGUCGUCAAAAUUCACUGCAAGCAGUCUUCUUGUCCAUUAUUCUCUAACCUUUUUCUGUUCUAACUUUUUAAUGUACUGUCCAGUCACUAAGGAAAUACCCAAUUAAACCCAUCUUCUACACAUCUUACUCUUGAGUCAUUACAAUAUAUAUAUAUAUACAUACAUAUACACAGCCACCAUGCAUUGUUAUGUAAAACCUAAUUAUAUGAGUUUGUUAUAUACAAACUUAAUAUCCAUCCUUCUUAACUAAAUCUAUUUUUAUUAAGUUUUCUCCAUAACUGGGGUGAAAAAAAAGUCUUAGCUCUGCCAAACUUGUUUUUAAAAAAUUUACAAAGUAAGCUGUACUUUCAACUAACUAUGCUUAAUAUAAUGUGGUUGAACUGUAUAUUACCCUAUAUCUUUUGUGUGUGUAUUAAUAUAUAGAACAACAAAAAAAAAAGCAUAUACUAAACAAAAAAAAAAUACUUGAAUAUAAGUUGUACAAAGUUUGGUUGUUGUUUUCUAUCUUUACAGGAACAACAACAAUAAAAGCAUAAUAAGUCAGUUGAAUAUUUUAUAAGAAUCUAUUUAUAUAUACACAUAUUCUAUAAUAUCCAUAUUUUACUGUAAAACUGAAAUUUUUUUUUUUUCUCAUUUAUACUGUGUUCAUCAUUUACUGUAUAGAGCAGUUGAAAUCUGUUGAUAUGUAAAUCAUAUAUUAAAUAUAUGGAUGCAUAAAAGAAGGACACAGAAGGACAAAGUAUACUAUUCUCCAUAUAUACAUAUAUUAUUACUACCUAUUGAAAGUGUGAUGACAUUUUUAUUUUAUUUUGUCGUGUAUUCGAUUUCCCUCUCCCCCACCCCCCUUUUUAUUUAUGUACAUAGUUGGUCUCAUUGAAAUACAUCGUUUAACAAGCUGCUUUAUGGUAUACACAGCAACCUUUGAACUUGUGUGCCGCCAUUGUUUUUUUUUUAGUGCACCAGUACACGGUAAACGAGCAUAUUGUUUACCACUUAUGAUGUCAUGACUACCAUGCUGUAGGUCUGUCAAUGUGUGAGUGUUGUACAGUCUGUAUCUAGACCCAGUACUAUAGGCAUAA